AUGCCCAAGAAAGGCAAGCAGCAAGCACCACAGCAGGAGUCUUCCCCGAGUCUGCAGGAGGAAGAAACUGGUGAUGUUCCUCCUGAGGUUCCUGACGACACUGACGUUCCUGAUGUGGAAGUGGUGAAGGUACAACCUGUUGCUGGGCUCUCCAGGAAACGCACUCGGCCAUCCAAGAAAGACGUUCAGGACUACCCCUUCAACGACGACCAACUGAGGGAGAUAGCAAACUACGUCCAGUUGCAUCCAGAGCUCUACGAUAAGCGGAACGAGAAGUGGCUGAAUCCGGCGUGGAAGGAGAGCCUCUGGAAGGACCUGGCCCAAACUUUCUCGGACUGUUCUCACCAGCAGGUGAAGAAGGUGGUGGACAAGAAGAGAACAGAUUUUGGGAAAAUCGAGAAGAGGGAGAGCAAGAGUGGAUCAGCAGCCAGGCCGAGGACGCAGAGGGAGCAGAAGAUCGUCGAGGUUUGGGGCUUCCUGGCAGGUCACAUCGCCCACGAAAGUACGCACCCUAGUGAUGACUUCGGCAGACAAGGUGACGAUCAAGAUUCCUCCAGCCAUGAGUCUGUCCUAUCGGCCCACUCAAUUGCCAGGAGGAAGAGGAAGAAGGAACGGCAGGAGGAGGAACUAUCCAGCCCACGAUCCACCAAAUCUACCCAGGAGAGCAGUGCCAUCCAAGAACUACUCCAGAGUGCACAGCUGCUAGCUACACGAAAACCACCAGUCGAGGGACCUGACGCUGACAUCCGGCAGUUUGUUGAAUUUAUGUACACUCGCCUGAAGAAGGUUUCCCCCAUGCAUCAUGGAGUACUCUUCUCCAAGAUCGCGUACAUGAUCAGCCUCAUGGAGGAACCAGUGAUGGCCAGAAGUGCUAUUAAAGACCCGAGAAGGUUGCUGGAUUCUGUGCCCAUGCCACUAGGAGUUGCGAGCCCAUCGCACCUGUGGCAGCCUCCUGCACCGCCUACUCUUGCUCCUGCUCCUCCUCCUCCUCCUCCAGUCUAUCAUCAGCCGCAGUACCAACAGACCCAGUACCAGCAGCCACAUCCCCAAUACCAACAACAACAGUACCAACAGCCUCAACAACAAUACCAGCCUCAACAAUCAGAACAGCAACAGUUCCCUCAGUAG